AUGUCUCUGCAGCAAGAUCUAGCUUCUGCUCAGGAGGACCUUGACUCUGCUCAGGAGAGUCUAGCUUCCACUGAACAUGACCUGGCGACUGCCCAAGAUGAGAUCAAGCAGCGAGAUAAUCAGAUCAAGUUGCGAGACGGUCAGAUCAAAGUGCGAGACAACGAGAUCAGAGCACGCGACAAGGAACUCAAGUCACGAGAUGACGAGAUCAGAAAUCUUCAAGCUCAAAUCCGCAGGCUAAAUGCGCAUAUUGAGAAACAGGACAUUACCAUUAGAACACAAUCUCGAACAAUUCAAGAUCCAAGGUCCUUACGCCAACGUCGUAUGGAAGAGACUUCAUCAUCUCUAUCUGCCACCGCACGACCUUGGUCUCCACAGAAUGCUCAGUCGCUGGUUGGCCCUAUACAAUCACUAUCACUUGGUGGACCACAACAAUUCGUUGCUGGCAACAGCGACAGCACUCAGUAUUAUCCACCCCAUGGCUAUGCAAUUGGUCUAGCGCCACGAAUGCAAUACCAAAUGCCAUAUCCCGUUGAGCCGACAGUCCCUCCCAUGGGCACUCAGUUCGAGUUGAAUGGCACCACUGCAGGCGUACGUUUGCAGGGGCUUUUCAAUCCUAGACCCUCAGUUGGGGGCCCAAACCAAAUGCACAUGCAUCCUCAAAGUACUAUGCACCAGGCGGCUUUCAAUACACCAGCGAGCAACUCAGAUGCAUAUGGGGACACCGCAUAUUCAGGCAUCGAGUUUGAGGCCAAGACAACAGAUUUCGGUGGACGCUUUCGCUCUCUGUGGGCAAAGAUCGAUACAUUCGGCAGAAUUUAUGUCAUCAAAAAUGAGUUGCACCCUAAGGACAUUCCAGCACCAUUGAAAGAGUACAUGAUGCUCGAUCCUAAGACAGCCGUCGCUGUUCGGUACCUCAAUCAUGCGAUAACCAAGCCCAUGUGUGUCGCCAAGGUGAUCAAUUUUUAUCUGAGCAAGAAGGUGCUCAAAUACACCGAAAUCAUCAAGAACCUUAGUCCCAAUAUUGACAGCGAAAUUUUUAUCGCGAAAAGAAAAAUGACAAUGGCCGCGAUAGAGAUCCCCAAUAGUGCCAGACAUUGCCUUCUUGAAAAAGUCGCCGACCAGAUGGCCAUCGCACGACAAAAGCCGAAUUUUGCCGAAUUCUGCUCUAUCAACCGGGAGAAUUACGUCGCCGAGCUGCUUGAGAUGUUGAAGCCUCUGGUGACAUCCAUGGAAGACAACAACAGCAUGCACGAAUCGCUUAAAGACAUCGUCACAGAAGCGCAGAGGAUUGGUAUCGACCUUUAUUCCUACCCCUAUGAUGUCCGCGUCCACUUCCCUGAAUUGAAUGAGACAUACGAUCCUACGGUCAUGGUGAAUCUCGACCCUUCGCUGAACGCCAAUCUACUUCGUGCUAGGGUUGGUAUGUCGGUUACACCAUACAUACGACUCGGAUUUGUCAACUGUGAGCCAAUCCGCAUGCGGAUUGUCUGCAGUGCGAAAGUCUUCACUGGAGUUCCUGGUGAAAAGACCACUCAAAAACACAUUUCCGGAAGUUCCUCUUGA